GAGGGUCGGGAAGAAUCAUGGCCGAGGAAGAAGAAGAUAACCCGCAGGCUCGGCGGAGCCUACAGGAGCUAGUUGACCAGCUGUACCAUUUCCGGGACCAUUACUUUGAGAGCCACAGUGUAGAGGAUGCUGGGAAAAAGCAGCAGGAUGUACGGGAGGAGAUGGAGAAGACCCUGAAGGCGAUGGAAGCAAUCGAAGGCCUGCCCCAGGGACAAGCCCACAUACUGAUGCUGAAGGGGAAAGCUCUGAACGUGUCUCCGGAUUAUAGUGCCCAAGCUGAAGAGCUGCUCUCCAAAGCGGUCAAGUUGGACCCAGAACUGGUCGAGGCCUGGAAUCAGUUAGGGGAAGUUUACUGGAAGAAGGGUGACAUUUCUGCGGCCCAUACCUGCUUCUCUGGAGCCCUGAGCCACUGCAAAAACAAGGUGUCCCUGCAGAAUCUCUCCAUGGUGCUACGGCAGCUGCGCACGAACUCCACCGACGAGCAUGCGCACAACGUCAUGGAUAGUGUGCAGCAGGCCAAGCUUGCUGUGCAGAUGGACGUGCGCGAUGGCCGCUCCUGGUGUGAGUCUGCCCUCUAUAAGUAUGAAGAAAACUACACGGCGGCUCUGGAGGGUUUCGCACGGGCCGGAGCCCUCGACCCAGCUUGGCCGGAACCACGUCAACGGGAGCAGCACCUUGUCGAUUUCCUGGAGAGGCUCACCGGCCUCCUUGAAAACAAGGGAAAGGUGAAAGGGAAGAAGAUGCAAAGCAUGCUGGGAAGCCUGCGUCCCUCUCAGCUAGGCCCCUGCGGGGACGGCCGUUACCAGGGCCCCUCGGGUCAGAAGGUGGAGCUAGAGCAGCGGCCCCUGAAUACCCUGAGAGCCGGGGUGAACACAGGCACCGUGGUGCUGGGGAAAGUCCUGUUCAGCCUGACCACGGAGGAGAAAGUGCCUUUCACUUUCGGCUUGGCAGACUCCGCCGAGGGCUCCUGUUUCGCCGUGACAGUUUACAACAUGGCCCAGAGCUGGGGGGUUCUGAUUGGGGACGCGGUGGCUGUUCCCGAGCCUCACCUUCGGCACCACCACAUCCAGCAUCGAGGCAAGAGUUUCACUUUCUCGAGCAUCCGUGUGGAGACCCCGCUGCUGCUGGUGGUGAAUGGGAAGGUGCAGGGAUCCCAGAGCCAGGCUGCCGCCACUGUGGCCUACCAGGCACAGAGCGAGUGACCAGUGACCUCUGGCCUGUCUCAUGGACGGCUCUCAGCGGACCUGGAAGAGCCGUGACCUAGGAGGAUGGGGCUGGUUGUUGUACCUCCUGUCUGGGCAUUUUGGAGUCGAAGGGAAGAGGUGGGGAGAAGGGAAAGAACGGUUCGAGCGCGUGCUCAGACUGGGGGAUAGCUUUGCUUGGCUUCUCUCAGCCGCUCCACUUCUGAAGACGCCAGCCUGUGCUUUGAUGCAUGGUUUUGAACGAAAUCAGGCUUAAAUCAGUCCGGGGGGGAAAAAAGAGAGGGUGGACCUCGGAUUCCCCUCCUUGUCUGUUCUUCUUUCGAAGUCAUGCUAGGCGUGACGAUGAGGAUCUGCAGUCGGAGCGUCAGGGACGCAGCUGAGCCUUAAAAAUCAGCUGCUGCCGCAGAUCCCGGAUGAAGUCACCCUUUGAAAGCAACAAGAUCGAACUGUCUUUCCCAUACUGUGUGCUUCCCCUUCCUGGAAGGGAAAACCAACUGGCCAGGGGAGGACGGUGGGGGCUUCGAUCAGGGGAACCAGCAGUCACGUUUCAAGGGUGGACGACAUGUUGGGAAUCCAGCGAUCCCCAAGGUAGCCUUGGCCCCCUCGGACUUCUCCCACUUUCAAGACUUUGUUUUUUUGACUUCACUGUCGGUGGCCAGUUGCUCCCUCUGGUUCCAGUUGAGUUUGGGCACUUAAGAUCCUUGGGCUCGAAGCCUUUUGUAAAUCCCGAUUGCUCAAGGUCUAAUUAUCUUUGUGUGUGUGUGAGUGAAUGUGUAUAUAUAUAUGUGUGUGUGUGUAUAGGA